AUGACGAAGUCAGAUUUUUUACCAACUUUAGAAGAUGCAUAUCAACCCUUACUAACUGAGCAGUUAGAUAUCUUACGCCAACAAGUUAUAUCAGAAGGAGGAGAUUCUGCAUCGCUACAAUCAAGAUUUAAUUAUGCUUGGGCUUUGGUCAAAUCUCAUGAUGUGAAUAAUUCAAGAUUGGGUAUUAAACUUCUUACAGAUAUAUAUAGAGAAUCUCCAUCAAGAAGAAGGGAGUGUUUAUAUUAUUUAACAAUUGGAUGCUACAAGGUAGGGGAAUACUCUAUGGCUAAGAGAUAUGUUGAUAUAUUAUAUGAGCAUGAACCAAAUAAUUUACAAAUCAAAGCUUUGAAAGAGAUGGUUGGAAACUAA